CUUUGCUGGAAGUGGAACAUCGCGGCUGAGAAACGUUGGAGAAAGGGCACGGGGCACGGUUUUGGUAGAUCAGUAGAAGUCAAUGACUGUAUUAUUAUUAUUGCUUCAGGAGAAUACCUCCUUUAUGUGAACCGUCGCCAAGUGGCGAAGGUUUUCGUCCUCACUGCAGCUGCAGUUUGGCAGAAGAGACUACAGCUCGAGGACUGGUUGAUGUAACGGGUGAAGAUGAGUUCUCGUCGGAGGACACUAGUGGUGGACGACUCAGAAUUGUAACGAACACGGUUGGAGACCAAGAUUAGCAGAAGCGACAGUGGGUGGCAUGAUAGGCAUCAGAAGGCCACGCAAGCAUGGGUUAUGAUGUACCGUUCGUGGACAUAUUGCCAGAUCAUCUCAAGUGUCCAAUAUGCCUCACCGCAUUCGAAAAUGCAAUGCAAACUGUCUGCGGACACUUGUUCUGCAAGGCUUGUCUCGACCGCUUGACUGUCCCAGAAUGCUCAGUCUGCAAGGAACCGCUUCAAAAGACUGGGGUAUUCCCUGAUCGGCAUGUACAGCGUGAAGUAAUGGUACUAAAAGUGAAGUGUCCCAAUGCUGACUGUAAUUGGAGUGGAUCACUGAAAGACUGGCUGGGCAUCCACAAUAACACAUGUGACUAUGAACUGAUCCGUUGCGUGCACCGCGAGUGUGGCAUGCGCUUCUUGCGCAGAGACAAGGCGAAGCAUGCCGAUCUGGACUGUAAGCAUCGCAUGCUGCCAUGUCGCCGCUGCAAGAAGCCUGUGCCGGCAGUGUUGAUGAAGCAACAUGGGGAGUCAGAAUGUGUUGCUGGGAAAGUCACUUGUCCAAUGAAGUGUGGCCGAAAGCUCCUGCAAAGAUCAAUGUUGGAGGAUCAUGUCAAGAAGUGCCCUUUAUCUACAAUGGACUGUCCAUAUGCCAGGGUUGGCUGUCAGAAAAAGGUACUACGGCAAGAGCUUAAGCAACACCUAGCAGUUGCAGUUAGCUACCAUAGUGAAUUGGUGGUUAACAGCACCAGCAAGGAGGCUAUACUGGAGAACAUGAAGAGUGCCGACAUGCAGGAACUCCUCCAAAAGAGCAUUGCCAGUCCGUCGACCAUGGCUGCUGCUGCAGCUAAUCUCCGGAGCCAAGCAGCUGAUGUCCAGAGAUCUGACUUGGAUCGCUUGCACAGCAUGAUCAGUGGACUUGCAUCACAGGUACAGACACAGCGAGAAAAGAUUUCCAGCAUUGAGGCUAGUGCCAUGCGAGACGGUACAUCCGCUAGUGGUUUGGGCGAGACAACCCGGGCAUUAGGUGCACUCGGCUUCAACACCGUCGACUCUGCAUUAGGUGAAGACAUACUGAGUAGUGUGAAUGACCCGGCAUCGCGCUCUACACCUGGACAACACAACAGAGACAUGGAUGAGGUGGUCCGUCAACAGGAGCGCUCCCUUGUGGAGCUGAGUACGCAUAUAGCUGAUCUUGAACUCCGAGUCAAUAUGUGCGAGGUAGCAGCUUAUAAUGGUGUUCUCACAUGGAAGGUAACCCGCUGGUCCCAGCGCCGUGCUGAUGCCAUCUCUGGUCGGGCAACAUCCAUCUAUAGUCAGCCAUUCUACACAGACUACCAUGGGUAUAAAUGCUGCACACGGCUCUACCCAAAUGGUGAUGGUGCUGGCUACGGAACACACGCAUCUCUCUUCUUUGUCGUGAUGCAGAAUGAUUAUGAUGGAGUCCAGGACUGGCCGUUCAGCCACAAGGUCACGUUCUCUCUACUGAACCAGCUAUCAGGCAAGCCCGAUGCGUCGGAGACCUUCCGUCCAGAUGUGUCAAGCAGUUCCUUCCACCGGCCAACUGCUGCAAUGAAUGUAGCCAGCGGGUGCCCCAAAUUUGCCGACCUCCAGAAGAUUGACGAUCGUGCAGAAGGGUUUCUGACCGAUGAGGACUGCAUCUUCAUUAAAGUUGUCGUGGAUCGGAGCAACAUUCGAAAGCGUCCCAGUGCUCCUCCACCACCGGGGCGCACUUCCAAUUCAUAAGUGCAAAUGGCUCCUUCAUAGCAUACACGGUGAAGUCACACACACACACACACACACACACACACACACACACACACACACACACACACACACACACACACAGACAGACACACGCACGCACUACCACCAUCACUGCCACUCGCUCGCAGUGUCAUAUUUAAUUUAGGUGUUUGGCAACAUCAACGAAAAUCUGCCAUGCUCUGAACUGCUGAUUAGCAUCCAUCCUAUUACGUUCAAAAUAUAGCUUGAGGCUGCAGCACUGACAGUAGAUCUACGCAGUGUUCUUUAACAUGACCACCAGUACUUGGCAUCCA